AUGUUGGAAGCAUCCCGAGAUGAGAUUCGCAAGACCAUCGACGACAAUGGCCGGGGGAUAUCCAGGAUCGUGCAACAGAUUCUUCUAUUUUGGGAUGUCCACAUCUGGGAGCCAAUCUGCACCGGAACAAGGUUCUUACACCUCGUGGUCAUCUUCGUGCCCGUCAUCCUUUCAGUACCCGCCAUCUGGUUUGGACGGCGCCAUCCUGACAAAGACGGCGAAAGGAGCGGCACCCUCUGGUGGUAUGGAUUCCUUGUGAAAUCGAUGGAGCUGGCAGGCCCUGCGUUCAUCAAGCUCGGCCAGUGGGCAGCUUCGAGGACCGACAUCUUCCCCACGGCCAUGUGCGAUACAAUGUCUAAGCUGCAUUCGAAUGCGCCGGCUCAUUCCAUGCGCGUCACUCGGAAGACAGUUGAGGCAGCGUUUAACGGACGUAAUUUUGAGGAUAUUUUCGACGAGUUUCACGAAACACCUCUCGGAGUUGGCGCAAUCGCCCAAGUCUACAAAGCAAAGCUCAAACCUGAUCUUGCAGCACCGCAAGAGCUGGCAGCCGCUCCAAAGGAACCACGACCUCUUACUCAAAAUAUGAAGCAACAUGUGAGAACUGUUUUGAAAAGUUCACCCAAGCAGGUUCCAUCAACGUACGUCGCCGUCAAAGUAUUGCACCCCAACGUUGAACGCAUCGUGCGAAGGGAUCUGAAGAUUAUGGGCUUCUUCGCCACUUUGCUCAAUACGAUCCCCACGAUCGAGUGGCUCUCUCUACCGGACGAAGUUUCCCAAUUCGGGGAGAUGAUGAAGCUCCAGCUAGAUUUGCGAAUAGAGGCCGCCAAUCUGGAAACGUUUAGAAGGAACUUUGGGGACCGGACGACGGCUUCGUUCCCCUUCCCCUAUUCCGAGUUCACGACCCGCAACGUUCUCAUUGAAGAGUUCGCUCAGGGAAUACCUCUAGCAGACUUCAUGGAAAACGGAGGCGGCGUCUUCCAGCAUGAUAUCGCUGACGAGGGGCUGGACGCGUUUCUCCGGAUGUUGCUUCUAGACAAUUUUGUUCAUGCCGACUUGCAUCCAGGCAAUAUCAUGGUCCGUUUUUAUCAGUCCGCACAACCAAAUAUUCGGCUGCGUCGGUCUGCUGAGAAGGCUCCUACCUCGGACGACGGCCACCUCGAUGUUACGGAGCAGGUUUUGGAACGACUACGGCCAUAUCGGCGCCGCAAGGACAAAUCCGCAUGGGAAGCCGAGUUGGCCAAGAUUGAUGCCGAGGGUUAUCGUCCACAACUCAUCUUUAUCGACACAGGUCUGGUGACGGAGUUGAAUGCAGUCAAUCGCGACAAUUUCCUGGCCUUAUUCCAUGCCGUCGCCGAGUUUGACGGCUACAAAGCCGGCCAUCUCAUGUGCGAGCGCUGUCGGCAACCCGAGGCCGUCAUCGACAAGGAAGUCUUUGCCCUCAAGAUGCAGCAUCUCGUCCUGAGUGUCAAGAGCCGCACACUGGCCCUCGGCAACGUCAAAAUCGGCGACAUUUUGCAGGAAGUCCUCUCCAUGGUGCGCAACCAUCACGUCCGCCUGGAAGGCGACUUUGUCAACGUUGUCAUCAGUAUUCUCCUUUUAGAGGGCAUUGGACGCAGUCUCAAUCCCAAUGUCGACCUUCUGAGCAGCUCGCUGCCAAUUCUGAGACAGCUAAGCGCUCAGAGCGGUGCUGAGAUGGCGAAGCACGGUGAUUUCUCCAUGAUUAUGCUGUGGAUGGGCUUGGAGGCGAGGAAGUUUAUGCAGGCUAGCGUUGACGAUGUUGAACGAUGUGUCAAAUACGAUCUCCUAUCACCCAAUGUAUGA